AUGGCAUCUUUACCAAUUGUUUCUAUUACACGUCGUGAAACUUUCAGUUCCUGCCACAGGCUGCAUAGUCCAUUUUUGACUGAUGAAGAAAAUAAAAAAAUAUAUGGAAAAUGUAAUAAUCCUAAUGGUCAUGGACAUAAUUAUGUUGUGCUUGUAACAGUAAAAGGUCCUGUUGACCAACAGACUGGUAUGGUGAUGAAUGUCCAUGAUCUAAAACAGUACAUGCAACAAGCUAUAAUGGAUCCAUUGGAUCAUAAAAAUUUAGACCAGGAUGUACCAUACUUCAAAACUGUGGUUAGCACAACUGAAAAUGUAGCUAUAUUCAUUUGGGAUCAACUUCAAAAAAUUAUGGAUAAGCCACAAUUAUUACAUGAAGUUAAAAUAUUGGAAACUGAAAAAAACCAUGUUGUUUAUCGUGGUGGCAACACCUACCCAAGAAAGAAGUUUGACUCAUCGAGCUUGCACCCAAACCAUCAUGAUGUCUCUUCAGACUCAGAC